ACGAGUCAAACCCAAAACUACCAUGUUUCUCUUCUUCUUCUUCUUCAUCUUCCUUCUCGGUUCACCGCCGUACCUUCUCGCCAGAAAUACGCCGGGAUUCACCAACAAAGAAGUGACCGGCAUAUCGGAAUUCAAAAAACACUUCAACCGUUUCGGGUAUCUCCCGUUGCAAAACGACACUUUCUUAACAACCGAUACAUUCGAUGACCGGUUCAAAUCGGCUGUUAUACUCUACCAAGAAAAACUCGGCCUCCCCACCACCGGUAAGCUCGAUUUCGCUACGGUUUCUCAAGUUUCCACCCCGAGAUGCGGCGUGCCCGAUACGCCCGAUACACCCGAUACGUUUCAUGCAACGAAACGCUACGUAUAUUUCCCGGGAAAACCACGAUGGUCUCGCCCCAUGCCCAUGACGCUCACGUACGCCUUCUCGCCGGUGAAUUUCAUCACCUCCUUGAGCUCAUCGGACAUAAGGGUCGUGUUCAAACGAGCAUUUGCGACCUGGGCGUCGGUCAUCCCGGUGAGCUUCGCUGAGACGGAGGACUACGCCUUUGCGGAUAUCAAGAUAGGGUUUUACAGUGGCGACCACGGAGACGGUGAGGCGUUCGACGGGGUUCUCGGCGUGCUGGCACACUCGUUUUCGCCCGAGAGCGGGCGGUUCCACCUCGACGCGGCGGAGACGUGGGCCAUCGAUUUCGGGACCGAGAAAUCGGACGUGGCCGUCGAUUUGGAGUCGGUGGCAACCCACGAGAUCGGGCAUUUGCUAGGGUUGGCACACAGCUCGGUUAAGGAGGCUGUUAUGUACCCUAGCUUGAAGCCCAGGGAUAAGAAGGUGGAUUUGACGGUGGACGACAUAGAAGGAGUGCAAGCUUUGUAUGGAUCAAACCCUAAUUUUAGGUCUGGGGAUUUGUUAGAGUCUGAUAUUUCCUCAAAUCAGGCUGUUGAUCUCAGAAUUAGGUCAUCUGAUCAUAUGGCUCUGGCUUUGAUUCUUUAUUUGUUGUGCAUGUAAUUUUGCAUGAUU